GCCAAUAACAAACGUCUCCAUCUGAUGACGUUGUGUUUUUGAGUUUAAGCGCGUUUCCAAGUUAUAUCCAUGUCUCAAACACACAGUGAAAGUGGAGUCUCAUUUUCAGGUUUAACGAUGGAAACCAGCGUCAGUGACAGCUUGAUGAUCAUGUAUGAGGAUGAAUCGGUGGAUGUUCGUUACGGAAACGGAGCUCAGUUACAGAUGUCGCCGUGUGGCUGUGAGUUCACGAUGGUCAAACCCAAAGACCCUUCAGGACACCCUCUGCAGCCCACUGAGAGAAUCCGACAGAGGACCAGAUUCACCAUCAGCGCUUAUAAGGAGUUUAUGGUUGCAGCAUUGGAAUUUAGGAAUAAAUAUGCAAGUCGACCAUAUCUGCCAGAGGAGCUCAUCCCUGCUGACCAGAAACAGCCUUUUGUCAGUAUUGACUCGGAUGUGCAGUGGCCUAAGUGGUCUUCCUGUGCUGCUGAGCUCGGACCUGGAGGUAAGACCAUCAUCAGGUCGGAGGAGGGACGAGCUGCGUUGAUGCUGUCGGCCUCUGGUGAAGAAUUCUCUGUUGAGUUCAGAUGCAGCCUCAGUCAGACUCGGAUUCAGCGCUGCAGCAUGCAGGGUUUCAGCAGGGACUCUGACAGCAGCCCAGGAAAUCAACAUCAGCAACAGCUAGUACGCAAUCUGAUCUGUCAGGCCUCCAAUGUUGAGGACAAAGAGGUUCAUCAGGGAAAAGGAAGCAAGAAUGAGUCUAUUAGAUCAAGGUCUUGUUCUCCUCGGACCCUCAGCACUGCUCAGACAAAGCCAGAGGAGAUGUACCAGUCCACCACAGUGGUCCAGCAUCACUCCUGCUGUGCCGUUGACCCAACCUGGUGCUACCCUCUGUCCUUGGCUCGGCAUCUCUGGACGGCUCGUCUCUCUAAAGCUAAAGAAAUCAGAACAGUUGAAACCAGCAACAACACGCAGGAACACGAGAGCAUCAACAUAACUAUUUCCAUCACAGAAAGGCGGUCUCAUCUUCCUCAGGCACUGCCUCUCACAUGUCCAUCCCCUCACUGGCACAGGUGGACGGUUAAAGACGGCCUGGUGGAACAUCCAGACCAAGAUCUUCCAACAGAGUUGUUAAAAGUCAUGUGGUGUCAAGGAGUCACCUACAGGAUACUGAGCGGGACGGUCCCAGUCAUAGAGGUUUCUCCAGGCGAUGGAUCAGUCAUGCGAUCUAACUGUGUCCUUAAUAAUUAUUUUACCCAUCACAAACCUGAGCUCCGGUCAGGGCAGGUGAAAGAGGUAACAUAUCAUCUGAACAACCUUCCCCCUGAUGUACCUGGACAGCUGUACUCUGUGUGCUCCAUUGUGAGCCGUGCAAGCAGGAUACUCGCUUGCUAUAACGAGGCCAAGCAAUCACUAAAGCUCCCUGCGACACCAAGCUGCCUUCAAGAGGGGAGACGUUCUUCUCAACCAGCAAGGAUGGAAGAACAUCUUCUCAAUCUUGUUUCUUUUGAGCAGCAUCUGAAUGUCACACAGACUCUAGAAAAUCGGUCAGAUCUGGUAGCUGCAGAGUUGGAGAAGAUUAAACGUUUCAACUUUUUGUUGGAGAACAACCACCUGAUAACAAGUGAUAAAGGAUGUGGGAAACUUGAAAGUAGUUCUCCACAGGAUGUCAAUCAUGAACCGGUGAAUGAGGACUGCAUCGCCGAUGCUCUACAGAAAACAUUCAAAGCCAUACAGGACAUUGAUGCUCUCAUUUCCGCAGCCACACUGACCUGAAUCUUAAAGGAAUUUUAAAUGUUUGGAAGACAAAGCUAUUUUCAAACUCACAAAUAUGGAUUCUCCUUGAUUCAUCUUGAUUGUGUUAGGAAUUAUUGUGAAAGUGAAAUUACAGCCAAUAAAUGAUUGGCUGUAAUAAGUGCAGCCUCUACAAACUCCAGUACUUGGUACUUUACUAGAAAACCAUAACAAUGAGGUCUGAAAUGCUGGGGUAAGUUUAGUGACGUAACAAAAUGUUUAUUUUGGAUGUUCUUCCCCACUACAUGUUAUGGAGGCAAAAUAGCUCUCAAACUCUUAAAGUUGAAGAUGUUGAUGCCUGAAAUGUCUCGCUUUAAAAUAUGCAAAUACACUCGAUUCCUUGGUAGAUUAAAGCUGAAAAGAAAAACUACUUUCAAAUGAAUCUCAAAUGUUUAUUAAACUAUUGCAUCAUUAAUAAUGAACCUGUGGCCGUCUUUAAGUGUACCAAACGUGUCCUUUCUCACUUAGUUAAUAGUGAAAUUCUUCCCUUUAUAGGAGCAUUUUUCUGUUUUUAGCAGUUGCAUCAACAGCACUUCCCACCAUAAUCUAAUAUCAGUUGAAUGGUUACUGAGAAUGUAUUUGUUUUUUCCUUAUGCUGUUUCAGAAUUUCUUUUCUUCUGUUAUUAUAGUGCCUUGUGAAGUAAUGUUAUUUAUUUGGUUCAUUUAACCUUGUUAAAUCUUUUCCUGUCACUAAUAUGUAUUCAAAUUAAAAAGUGAAGACAAGCUCAAAGAUUUGCUAAAACACAUUGUCACUGAAAAAGGAAGUGAGGAAAUCUGCAGAAUAUACUGAUGUUUCCAGGAAAAACAGUCCCUACCUUUCUUCACAGGGCAGUGACCGGAUAAUGAAACAAUGGACAGAACGACAUUCUCAAAACAUGAACCAGUAGAAGUUCGAAGUUGUAGGCUGUUUGAAAUGCUAUUAAUUGUAUUAAUUGAUAAUUGUUUUUGUUUGAAUAUGACA